UACGUUCCAGUCGGCCUAACAACGAGCCAAUUAUCACCUGCUGUAAAGACUCUCAGCUUAACAACCGUGGCAUUACAACAGGAACCAGAAGGAGAAAAGAGGAGAAAGAAAGAAAAGAAAAUGCUCAAGAGGUUGAAGAAAGGAUUGUGGAACUAUCGGAAUGUCAUCCUGAUCGUCCUCAUACCGCUGCUGCUGCUUCCUCUUCCAGUUGUUGCUGGGACAAAGGAGGCAGAAUGUGCAUUUGUGUUGCUGCUGAUGGCGACGUACUGGGUGACGGAGGUGAUUCCUCUGUCCAUGACCGCCAUGCUCCCCGCCAUUCUUUUCCCCAUGUUUGGCAUCAUGAAGUCCUCGAGUGUGGCGAAGGAGUACUUUAAAGACUUCCACUUCCUGUUGGUCGGCGUCACCUGCUUCGCCACGUCCAUCGAGAAAUGGGGUCUCCACCGCAGAAUCGCCCUAAGGCUCGUCACCAUGGUGGGAGUCAACCCCGCAUGGUUGAUGUUGGGCUUCAUGACCGUCUGUGCCUUCCUCUCCAUGUGGGUCCAGAACACCUCGGCUGUGACAAUGGUGAUGCCCAUCGUGGAGGCCGUUCUCCAGCACAUCCUGAAGGCCAAGGAGGGCGGAUGUGCCGGGCAAGACAACCCCAACCUGCAGCUGGAUGAAACUGACGACCAUAUUGAAAUUGUGAGUGACGAGAAGCUUCCAGAUGGUUCUGAAGACACAGUUCAGGUACAGCCAGUGUCACAGCCUGCUGCAGCUCAGGCUGCAGCUCCCAGCAGGAGUAAGCAUGACCUUAUGGUUUGUAAAGCCAUUUGCAUCAGCAUUGCCUACUCCUCCAACAUCGGAGGCAUCACCACGCUGCCGGGAACCUCGCCCAACCUCAUCUUCUCCGAGUACCUCAACCAGAUUUACCCAAACUGCAGCUGCAUUAACUUUGGGAACUGGCUGCUGCUGUGCCUGCCCAUCAGUGUAAUCAUGCUGCUGCUGACAUGGAUCUGGCUGCACUGGCUCUUCAUCAGCUCAGACUUCAGGUUCCUGUGGAGAUGUGGAGGAGAGAAAUCUGAGAAAGAGAGAGCAGCAAGAAAAGUGAUAGAAGACGAGUACAAGUCGCUGGGACCCAUGAGUUCUCAGGAGAUCUUCACUGGGGUGAUUUUCCUGGUGAUGGUUUUGUUGUGGUUGACCAGGUCUCCAGGUUUCGUGCCGGGCUGGGCUUCCCUCUUCCCUCAUAACUCAGGCUACAUCUCCGAUGCCACUGUGGCUCUGCUGCUGGGUCUCCUCUUCUUUAUCGUACCUGCCUAUGGACCCUCCAGAAAAUACGCGGCCAUGAUCUCCUGGAAAGAGUUCCAGGCCUCGAUGCCGUGGAAAGUUGCCCUGCUGGUCGGUGGAGGCUUCGCACUCGCUGAGGGCACAAAGGAAUCAGGCCUGUCAUUGUGGGUGGCCAAGCUGAUGACACCUCUGGGUGAUCUGCCAGUCUUGGCCACGAUCGCUGUCGCCUGCAUCAUCGUCACCAUGGUAACAGAGGUGGCUAGCAACGCCGCCACCAUCACCAUCUUCCUCCCCAUCCUCUCUCCUCUGGCUGAAGCCAUCCACGUGAACCCGCUGUACGUCCUGAUCCCCACCACCCUGUGCACAUCCUUCUCCUUCCUGAUGCCGGUGUCCAACCCGCCCAACGCCAUCGUGUUUGCCUACGGACACUUCCACAUCAUGGAUAUGGUGAAGGCGGGGCUUGGUGUUAACGUGAUUGGCGUCCUUGCCGUCCUGUUGGCCGUGGCGACAUGGGGAGUACCACUAUUCUCUCUGGAUACGUACCCUGACUGGGCGCCGGUCCUCCCCGGUUUUAACUCCACAACACCUUGACAGUGGCUCCACAGGAGUGGUUCUCAAGGUGAGGCUCUGGGGCCUCCAGGGACCUCUGAGGGGCUCUAAGGAGCCUUCUUAGGUUA